GAGAGUGGGAUCAGGAGCUGGGAGUGUGAGCACGGACACGACUACAUGCAGGGAGCAUUAAUCAAACACCCAGUCGCGCAGAGAACAAUGUACUGAGAGAAAGACACUGAGAGUGAGACAGAGCGACACACACACACACACACACAGAGGUGGUUUUAUCAGAUGAAUUGGGACAGUUCCUCAGAGGAAGAGCAAACACUUUACUGCACCUGAACAAACAUUGACAGCGCCCCCUGCUGGACCAAAGGACAGUCUGUGGGUGUGUGUGUGUGUGUGUGUGUGUGUGUGCAUGAGUGUGUGUGUGUGUGUGCAUGAGUGUGGGUUGAGCCUGGCAGGUCAUGAGCGGCAUAAAGAGCCAAUUCGGACAGGAUGUGGAGAAGCAGGGCAUCAAACUGCCAAAGAAAUGGAACGACAGCAGCAGUAAGAUCCCUACAGACCGGACCAUGGUCGUGGGAGGGGGCGUGGCUGUAGGAGGAGGGGGUGUGGCUGUGAGCGGGGACUGUACAGAAAUUUCUCGCAAGCGUAGACAACGUUAUGUGGAAAAAGACGGAAAGUGCAACGUGCAUCACGGGAACGUGCGUGAGACGUACCGCUACCUAACGGACAUUUUCACUACCCUCGUGGACCUGAAGUGGCGUUUUAACCUGCUGGUGUUCACUCUGGUCUACACCACCACCUGGAUCUUCUUUGGGCUGAUUUGGUGGCUCAUCGCAUACGCCCGUGGUGACCUCGAGCACACAGAUGAUGGGGAGUGGACGCCGUGCGUGGCCAACCUCAACGGCUUCGUCUCGGCUUUCCUGUUCUCCAUCGAGACGGAGACGACCAUUGGCUACGGCUACCGCGUCAUCACGGAGAAAUGUCCCGAGGGCAUCGCGCUGCUGCUGGUGCAGGCCAUCCUCGGCUCCAUCGUGAACGCUUUUAUGGUGGGCUGCAUGUUCGUGAAGAUCUCGCAGCCCAAGAAGCGUGCAGAGACGCUCAUGUUCUCACAGAACGCUGUCAUUUCUAUGCGUGAUAACAAACUGUGCUUGAUGUUCCGUGUAGGAGAUUUACGCAACUCACACAUCGUGGAAGCAUCGAUACGAGCCAAGCUGAUCCGCUCCAAGCAGACAAAGGAAGGAGAGUUUAUCCCGCUGAAUCAGACCGAUAUCAACGUGGGGUUUGAAACUGGCGAUGAUCGGCUCUUCCUCGUAUCUCCGCUUAUCAUCUGCCAUGAGUUUAAUGAGAGCAGCCCGUUCUGGGACAUCUCACAGGAGCAGCUGGCGCGGGAAGAGUUUGAGAUCGUGGUCAUUCUUGAGGGAAUGGUGGAGGCCACAGGGAUGACGUGUCAGGCGCGCUCCUCGUACCUGGACUCCGAGGUACUUUGGGGAGAACGCUUCACACCCGUGCUCUCUCUAGAGGAAGGAUUCUACGAAGUGGACUACGACACCUUCCACCAGACCUACCCUACUCCCACUCCUACAUGCUCGGCACGUGAACUCACCGAACUCGCCAAAAAAGGGGAAGGUAUCCCUCUCCCACCGCUCACCCCUCCGAUCCUGAAGCAGAACCAAGAUCCAGAGGAAGAAAGAGGAGAAGGAGAGUGGGAUGAAGAAGAAGAAGAGGUGGAGAGCGUCAGCAACGGUGAUGUGAAAAAAAUGGACACUGAAAAUUAAAAAAGGAGAAAAAAGAACUGGAGAGAUGUUUUGUCCCAUUACACACCAGUAUCUGUUUAGAUUUGAUAGCAAUACUGUACCAGUUAUUCGAUCUUCUCUUUAUCUCAGUAACGAUCACGGCUGCAUCCCGAAUGCUGAUGUUUAAUUAAAGUAAACAUAUAGAAAUGCCAUGACUUUAUGUAGCAUAAUGAUAAUGAAAUAGAGCGCCUUAUGAACACAGCCUAGAAAACUGAGAUGUCCAAUAUUAUUUAUUUGUCACCUGUGACUUUAAUCAACAUGUAGGACUUUUUUUCCCCUUUGCAGCACCUUUCAUGCUGAAGCCGGCUCAUUUCUCCAGAUGUGCUGAUGCAGAUUUUAUGCUUAUUCAGCUUUUUACACAAAUGCUGUGUCAUCAAAAUUAGGAGUGUGUUACACAUCUCCAGACAGUACACAGAACACAGAACUUAGUAUCACACACUGUCUGAUUCUUUAUUAUAGAAUAUUAUAUG